CCCGGGGCUGCCCGGCUCUGCCCGGGUGGGCUCUGCCAGAGGAGGCAUCCCCUGGGCAGGGUGCGAGCGGCGGGGGGGGGCCGGGGGGCCCCUUGCGGGGGGGGGUGGGCACGUGCCUGCUACCCGGGCAGAGACCCCCCAGACCCCCCCUUUGAUCUCAGGGACGAUCCCGUCCAGGGGCGAGCUCUAAGGUGCCUGUGGCCAGGGUUGGGGGCACGCUGGGUGGAAAAGCCUCCUCGCCUGGACGGAUCCAGCUGGUCGCAGCAUCUCUCCAGAGCCCUGCCAGGAGAGAGGGGAGGCCGGCAGGAGCAAGGGCUGCAGGGGGGCGAGGGUGGGAAGCACGGGGUGCACGGGGGUCCGACCAUGCCCAGGCUGGGUGACCCACCAGCACAUCCAGGCACUGGCUCUCCUGGAGCCGGUGUGAGGGUCCUGCUGUAAAACAGGUUUGCAAGAUGCCUGUGCUUGUUAAUUCUAAUGAGCUCCAUCCUCCUAGGCCAAAAGGUCCUGGUGAGUGUAAGGAGAGGGUGCAAGAUCAGCCUUCUUCUUCUGCCCCAGGCCCUGUGACUGCUCUGCCUGGGGAGGAGUGGGGAAGCCAUGGGGGCUCUGCAGGUGCCCGGUCGCAGCCGUCUCGCGUGGUAUCUGGGUGCUGCAGGCAGCUGCGAGGCCUGAUAGGGCCCUAUCAGUGACAGGGCCAGCAUGCUGGCGGGUGCAAAUGCUCCGGCCCUGGGUGUGGGUGGCUCACUGUGUCCCCAGGGGGAAUCCCUCCCAGGCAGCAGGGAGCAGAGACCCGGGGGUGAAGGAUGGGAAGACCACGUGGUGCUGGGUGCCUGCGUGGAGCCUGCAGGGGGGUAUCCCCAGUCCUCACCUUCUCUCUGCCUUGCAGCGUCUCUGCCCUUCGUCAUCCUGACGCUGGUGAACUCCCCAUACAAGCGGGGCUUCUACUGCAAUGAUGACUCCAUCCGCUACCCCUACAAGGCAGACACCAUCACCCAUGGCCUCAUGGCUGGGAUCACCAUCACCUGCACUGUUGCCAUUAUCUCAUCAGGGGAGGCGUACCUGGUCUACACAGAGCGCCUCUACUCCAAGUCAGAGUUCAACAACUACCUGGCCGCCCUCUACAAGGUGGUGGGGACCUUCCUCUUUGGAGGGGCCAUCAGCCAGUCCCUGACAGACCUGGCCAAAUAUAUGAUCGGCCGUCUCCGGCCGAACUUCCUGGCCGUCUGCAAUCCUGACUGGUCCAAGGUGAACUGCUCCAUCUAUGUGCAGCUGGAGAAUGUCUGCCAGGGGGAGAGCAAAAACGUCACCGAGUCCAGGCUGUCCUUCUAUUCUGGCCACUCCUCCUUUGGGAUGUACUGCAUGAUGUUCCUGGCGCUCUACGUGCAAGCCCGGCUGGUGGGGAAGUGGGCCCGGCUGCUGCGCCCCACCAUCCAAUUCUUCCUCAUCACCUUCGCCAUCUACGUGGGCUACACCAGGGUGUCCGACUACAAGCACCACUGGAGCGAUGUGCUGGCGGGGCUGCUCCAAGGGGCUCUCAUUGCCAUCCUCAUCGUCCGCUAUGUCUCUGACUUCUUCAAGCACCGUCCCCCACGGCAGCGUGAUGAGAAGGACCCGGAGCACAAGCCCAGCCUGCCACUCGCCAUGAGCGACCCUGACCGCAAUCACUACAGCUACCGCGGUGCCCCGUGAGCUGCGUGCGGGCCGCUCGCGCCAGACUGCAGACCUGCCCCUCGCCGUGCUCCGCACCACCCCUGGCACAAGGGACGGGGACACCGGCUCUCUAUUAAUCGUUGGCUCCACGGCUCCGGUGCCUCUUGCUGCUGCAGGUACCUAUGGGACAGCCCUGCCCAUCCUUGCUCCUGCAGCUCCUGGCCCCCCGUGCCUGCGGUGCCCCCCGUGCUUGCUGGUGCCUGGCGAUCCCAGUGCCCUGCCCAUGGGAAGGGGAGGUCCUCGGUCCCCUGUGCAUCUGAGUCAGGCUCCCAGGCUGCCAUCCCAGCCCUCUGGGUGAGGGGAGGGUGGAUUUAUCGGGCUGGCAAACCGCACUGAGUGAAGAGCAAACUCGUUGGGAAGUCUGAGGUGUCCUGUGCUGAGUGUGUGUUAUCCCUGUCAAAUUAUCCGGCCUUAUGAGUACAAAUCCUCACAAGCACAGGGGGAGGAGGACAGCUGCUGGGCUAGCAAUACUUUUUUGGAAAGGAUUAAAGCAAUCCAGAGCUCUUCUCUGUUCCCUGAUUACUUUUAAAAGCAGUCCUGGCUGCCAGCAGCUGGUGUGAGCGAAGGGUGCGUAGGCAGGCUUUCCUCCCGUGGUGCCUGAUGCUGCAGUGCUGGAAGCAAGGGCUUGCACCCUGCCUGCUUCACGCCUGGCUUGGGGCGAGGGGGAUGCUCGAGCCUUGGUCUCUCCUGCAGCUUCAGCUGAUGCUUUAGGGGAUGCGGGGGGGGAGGGGAGCGGGAAGGGGAGAAGCUUUCUGUGGUAAAGGUAAAUAAAUGGGGAUGUGGAGCUGGACACGGGGCUCCAGUAGCCCUGGGAAGG